GCUGUUCCGUCGUUUUGUAGAAAGACACGAUCUCAGACUACUCAGAGGAAUUGCCGGAUUACAAUAUGUCAGAGCCAGAACCUGAAAAGUCGACUGUCUUACCGGUUAAACCACCGAAUAUACCUCCAGAAAGUGGUGACGAAUCUGACGAUGAAAGUGGAGUUCUUGAAGAGAGUCCUUGCGGACGGUGGCAAAAGAGGCGAGAGGAGGUUGAGCAGCGAGAUGUUCCAGGCAUAGAUAAUGCUUUUCUUGCUAUGGACACAGAAGAAGGAGUAGAAGUUGUUUGGAAUGAAGUGCAAUUUUCUGAAAAGAAAAAUUUCAGAUCACAACAGGACAAGAUUCGUCAAGUUUUUGACAACUUGAUCCAGCUGGAUCAUCCAAAUAUUGUUAAGUUCCAUAAGUACUGGACUGACACUAAGGGAGAAAAACCUCGUGUUAUUUUCAUAACAGAGUACAUGUCCUCUGGCUCCUUGAAACAGUUCCUGAAAAAGACCAAGAAGAAUAACAAAACAUUCCAACUCAGGGCAUGGAAGAGAUGGUGCACCCAGAUUUUGUCUGCAUUGAGCUAUCUACACUCCUGUGACCCACCGAUCAUUCAUGGCAAUCUAGCUUGUGACACAAUCUUCAUCCAGCACAAUGGCCUCAUCAAGAUUGGAUCGGCUCACAGCAAUCCGAAGAGCAUAUUCAUCAUCCUGUCAAUGUGUCAGGGCUUCAGUCCUUGGCUAUGUUGUAAUCAUGGAAGUCAUAGUGGCACCAGAUGCUAUCCACCUGCAUGUGAAAACUUGUCGGAAAACAUCAAGAACAUGCAUUGUGUAGCUCCGGAGUAUGGAGGUUCCAGUCCAGUCACAGUAAAAGUGGACAUAUAUGCUUUUGGAAUGUGUGCUCUUGAGAUGGCAGCCUUGGGAAUCCAUGGUAAUGAAGAAAGUGGUACUGUCUCUCAAGAGGACAUAGAUGCUACCCUAGAUAUGCUGGAGAACCCAUUGCAGAGGAGCUUUUUGGAGCUGUGUAUUCAGAAAGAUCCAGAGAAGAGACCAACCGCACGAGAAUUGCUGUUUCACCCUGUUUUGUUUGAAGUCCACCCCUUGAAGCUAUUGGCAGCCCACAAGUUUGUCAAGAGUUCACAGUAUCAACAAGAAAGCCUGGAUGAGACAUACAUGAGUAAAUGUGAUACCAACAAAAUCAUUGCUGUUAUUCCUUCUCGAGGGGGAGAACCUGUAAAUCUGAAGGUUUCAAAUGUACCUGCCUUUGAACUGGAAAAGUUCUUGGAGGAUGUAAAAAAUGGCAUCUACCCAUUGACAGCAUUUGCAAUGAUGCAACCUCCCCCUUCCCGACCGCGAGCCAUCACACCCGAACUGGCAGAGUCGGUCAAGUCUGAGACACCUGAGCCAUGUGAUGUUGAGACCAGGAUGGUGACCACAAUACAGUGUGGAUUCCGCCCACCAGCUGAUGAUGGAAAAUCUAUGCUGUACAUUCUUUUGCGUAUGGAUGACAAAAUGAACAGGUUUUUACAGACUGAGUGGACAGAUGAUCUGACAGCUGCACUUAUGGCAGAGGAGUUGGUACAUCUUGGUUUCAUUAAUGAGCUUGAUAGAGACAAAGUCACCUUGCAUCUCCAAGAGUGCAUAUCCAGCCCAAAGGAUUUCAUGAAUGGUGUUGGAGUAGACAUACAGAACUUUCCUAUUCUGGCCACAGCCUCAUGAAGCAAGAUCAUAUAAGCACAGCCAGUGCCAACCACCCUUUUGUUUGGCAUCCUCUCAUCACAGCCAGAAUCUUUGCAUGGUGGGCACCCACCUUAUUUCUAUGAUGGCUUCCCAGCCAGACCUCAGACUGUAAGAGGACUUUGUGCUGGUGUCCAUUUUAUUUACAUCAAUCAGGAGGAUCCAUAAACAAACAGAAAACCCAAGCUUACAAAACCAAACUGACAUCAAAUGGCAUCAUGUAGCUGUUUGGAUACCCCCUCCUCUCUCCUCAUCAGUUGUUGAAAUAAUGGUCCAUUUUUGCUUUACAAGACUGAAGAGGAAGUGUUACAUGGAUGGAGUGGAGUUACUGUGUCAUACAACUUAGGUCUGCCGAGAUGCUUGCCAGAUGGUGAAAAAAGAUGCUGAACCUGUAAAAGUACAGGUCAUGUAUGCUGGAAGAACAGCAUACCAUCUCCAGAUUUGUGAAGUGUGUGCACAUUACAAGUUUCAUGAUGUUGAACCAGUGGAGUAACUCUGAGCAUAUACCUCUACAGUGAAUAUGUCUGCAGAUGGAAUAUUAAAGCCUGAAGUGAAGAACUAAAACUAAUUGGCUUCUGCAUUGACUUUUACAGAAAUUGCUCCUGAGGCAUAAAUGCAUGGUUUGAACUAGGGGCAAGGAUAAUGUACCACCAUCUAGUAAAAAAGAUAUUGAACAUGUGUAAUAAUAUAAUUUUUUCCACCUAAUCUGAUCCAUAUAUAAAAACUAAAUAUGGUGUCAGCUGUCUAAACUAUAUGAUUUGAGGAGAUGUUUGAGUUUUUUAAACUGCUUUUUUAAGUUGAAAUGCUUUCACAACAAUCGUUGUGGUUUCCAUUUUGUUAAGAUUUCCGCAUUGAUUUGAAAAGCUACAUUCAGCUUCACAUUCAGAUAACAAGAAUAACAGCAGAUUAAUUCUUUAAUAUCACAGGAAACUGAUUCUGACUUUAAUAUGAACAAAGGAAUAGUUUUUGUUUAAACGAUAUUGGCUUAUUUAUUUUUAAAGAAAAGCUAAAAAAAUCGGAGCUUUGAAGAGAACUAUCAGAAAUGCUGGCAACACGUGUAUGCAGCUUUUUCUCAUGCUCUUUUUUCUAAAAGAUAUUUGUUCAGAUUCACUCCCAGUUUGAAGAACAUUGCCUUAACCUUCACUGAAUACUAUCAUGACCCAACUGAUUAGAUGCAGAGCAUUUUAACCCAUCCAAGGUGGAUUAUUUGAGACUGUACAAGAGCAAGCAACUCACUUUAGUGCUUUUAAAGCCACGCCUUUUUAUGUAUGGGAUGUUUGUCUAAUUACAGUCUAUGCUUGAGCAAUUUUGCAUCAGAAUUCAGUUUAUUUUUGUAGUCCAUGUGCUUUUAUGACACAGUUCAGGACAUCAAAAGUGGGUCAGGUUUUUGAUGAAGUGAACAAGCUUGUUUCAGUGUAGCUUCAUUUCUCUGUAAUCAUCAUACUUCAACAUUUCAAUGGAAAUAAUUAAUCUUACCAUUUUUUCGUUCCGUUCUUUCUCUUGUCACACUGAUACCACCAUGGAAGAAAGUCUGCAUUGCAGGUUUUCUCCAAUUCGCUUAGUCUUUUGUUGUCAUUUCAAGUCAUUGCCUGGAGUAGUUGACUUUCUUCAGCUCAUAUCUUUGCAUUUGCCCUAUUAACAGGUAAAGAUAAAGAUAGUCAUGAAGCCUUUUAGUCGCUGGGGAAGGAUUUGUUAGAGACCUCACUUUUUGUGAUGGUGGAGCCCAUUUCCUCUUUCUUGCUCACUGCCUUUCCAUUCAGAGUCUUCCGAGUACCACAUGGGUAUCAAACUACCUAUUGCCUAUGCCUCUGUCCUUGGCUUUUUACUAUUUCAAAAUAAAAAUCAGAUGUUUUUUAUAGGGUAAUCCACUGACAUUAGAUCUUUUAGUUUGCUUCCUAAUUGAGACCUAGUCUGCUUGAGCUAUAUUCAUUGUAGAUAGGCACUCUCAAGUCUGUUUCUCAGCUGACCUUCACAUUUUGUCCUCCCUCUGACUAAUCUUAAAUAACUGCACCUUUGCUGCUUGAAGCGUAUAGCACGAUUAACUGUUGUAGCAUGUCACUGUAUUAUGUUGUUCAAUAUCCUAUACCUACCUCACUGUCCACUGGCUGUUAUCUUUCAUUCAUCAUUAAUGGUUUGCGCAGAAAGUGUGAUCUGUCUUGGUCACAAUGCUGCACAUUAUAAGUUCACAUUAUUAUUAUUGAAUAUUGUAUUUUCUCAUAGUAGUUUUAUUUGUCUUUAUUAUCCCUAUUUUUAAUCAUAAAUUUUCUGUUAAAUUUAAAAAGUAACCAUAUUUUAUCAUUUACUUUUUUAAAAUACUGGGGGGAAAGGGUGGGUUUUUUUUUGGUAGUCCAAAAGUGCAAAAGAUAAAUGUGAAAACUUUGAAAUAUUGUAUUUGUUGUGUUACCCAUAAAGGUGGAAGAUUUAGAUCAUGUCGUUUUGCUCCCCUUCUAUCUUUGUGAGCAGAUGAAAAGUUCCUGCAACAUAUGAGCAUUUUGCACCUCACAUCUUGUUUCACUGAAUGUUGGAAACUAGGGCAUAUUUUUCAUGGUUUGCCCAGUUAAUCACAAUUCUGGGAUUAUUGUGAUUGCCAGCAUCCAUAAACUAAGUUUGGCCCUGAAAGGAUUGUCUGUUUAAAAGUUUUUUAGUGGGGCAAUCUAAAUAUUACAGGAUAUUGAUUUUCUCAGUUGACCUCUCUGAAAAAUAGGUAAGAUUGAUCCAUGAUGAUUAAAAAUGAUAAAAAAGAGGGUGAGGAAGUGGGGCAAAGCCUUGAAACAAAAGCAGUUUUUUUGUGAUCACUGACUUGUGUUUUCUGGAUAAACUCCACUGGAAAGCAAGGAAAGAGUGUAGCAAGAAAAUAAGAAAUAAGAUUACAUUUGGUUGUGUUUUUGUGAAGCACAUGUAACAAAUUUCUCCUGUCUGUGCGACUAAUGGGCUUGAACAUUUUGUGUGGAAACCUGUCAGUAAUUUUAUCAACUUUAAGCAGAAUAGUAAUUACUAGGAACAGAAAAAAGAAAAAGGGGACCUUAUUGAUAAUGUUUUGUUAUCAUUAAUUUCCCCUUAACAUCGUGUCUUCAAUCAUUUCUUGUCAUUUGCAUUUAAGCGAUUCUCUUUGUGUUCAUUACAGUUUUGGGACUUUUGGUUUUUUUUUCCUUGAAGCUAAUUUGUAACUUUCUUUUUUAUGCUAAGCUUACUGCUUGGUUGUUCUGCAUGACCAGAUUUUUAGAUGACUGCACCAUUUAUCCUUAAGAUACUCCUGAUUGAGAAGAAGAGGUGUUAACACCCACAUAUGCAGUUUUCAGAACUCACUCAGAAAUACCAGGGAACAUUGUUAGUAGCACCAAUGGUGAAAGCUACUGAGACUGCUUGAGGAAAAAUGCAAAAAAAAGAAAAUGCAUUACAUUAAACUUUGUACUAAAUUUAAGCAUGCAAUCAAGGAAAGAAAAAAAUUGAAUACAGUUUCAAAAUGAUGAGUGGUGAAGAUGGCACCAGCAUGAAACCCAGUCCACAAUGUGGCUAUGUAAAUGUGGACAUGUCUUUUGAUCAAAUUCUGCUAUCAUGUUAAGUGUAUUCUGUUGUGUACAUACAUCAUGGUCCCACUUUUCCUCUGCAGUAUUGAGUGGGACUCAGCAUGAAGCAAUUUUCAUUUAUGCAUAUUUCAUGCCAGUAUGUUUGAGUUAAAAUGAAAAAGGAAUGUCUGCAGGGGUAUAUUCUCAAUUCACCUUGCUUUUGGAGAGUAAGUAAAGUUCAGACCUGUGGGUGCAAGUAAGUGCCUUUUAUGCACAACAGUUAAUCGGGUGAACAUAUUUUCAUCACAUUGGUGCGUUUACAGUUGUGAACAUUGUGUUGCUGUGAUAGCUAAAUAUGAGCUGUAUACUCAAUAGGAUUAUUUUUUUGAACAAAAUUUGACAGUUACCCAGUAAUUUGUCAGACCCGCCUAAGAUUAUGUUAACCUAAGAUUAAGUUUGUUUUUGUUUGGUGGUUUGGUUUUUUUUUUUCUUAUUUUUGUAGUUUCAUUACUGGUUUCACAGCAUUACAUGGCACAAUCAAGUGGAAAGACACAUUGUCUUUAACAAAAUUGUUUCUUUGUGUUCUAAAAAUCUUCUCAACACAUUUAAGAAGGGUCUUUCUUGAAGACAUCUUUAAAACAUGAAGUGUCUGGACACAAGGAAGUAGUUGUGGCCUUCAUUGUCUAGGAGCAUCAUUUUGCACACCUUCCCAUCAGUUCAGGAUAUUUCAUCAAUCAAGAGGAAAAAAAGUAAAUAAGACACCAUAAAACCAAGAAAGGUAAAUCUGAAUAUUGUGUAAAGAUGUAAGUUCCAACCAUACUAAAUUGAUGUUUUCGACUGGCUUAUGCGAUACUUAAUCGGGAGACGUGAGCUGCGUAUCCAGAAAAGGAAAGAUAGGCGUAAAGCUCAUGUUGGUAAUCACAGCAGUAUUAAAGAUGGCUGCCACCACCUCACAAUUUAAGCAGCUGUUUUUGUUUUGUUUUGGUUUUUUUUCUCCUCCUUUAAUUAUUUUUAAUGUCAGCUUAAACAUGAAUCCACUCAGGAAAAUUUCAUCAUUCAUCGUAUGUGGUUUGGUAGACUCUAAAUUGUACCUGGGAAAAUAAAUCUCAAAAGACAUCCAGAUUGUUAAAGAUAUUGGUAUUUAGUCUUUAAUAGCUGGUUCUAGCAUUGAAUGUUAAUUUCCUUUUUUAGAAAAGCACUUGUGGGUUGACCUAAUAACUAAUGUCAUAAAAGGGCUUCAAGUAUAUGCCAAUGACUUUUGCAGCGUUGCCAAAAAAAAAAAAAUGUUGCUCUUUUCCCCCAAAACCAGAUUAGAUAUUGCAAUAUUCUAAGGUCAAUCCCUUGCAGAUUAAACAGUUUUUUUUCAGAUUUUUGGAAUAGGUAUGUUAUACUGAAUUAAAGCCACAAAUUUAAAAAUGAAAUUGUACUCUGAUUUAGCUUUUAAAUGAAAGGUGGCUGUUUAAACCAUCAUGCUACACUAGUGUCAGUGCAAUGUCUUUUGAGCUCUGCUAAACUUUGUCAGUAUUUUUUUUUUUUUAAAUUUCAGGGAAGGGUGAAAUCGACUUUACAUAAAGUUCUUGGUGAAUACAGUAACUUUGAAAUUAUAUGAAAAUAACUACAUAUGUAAGUUUUCCAUUUGCUUUUUGAACUUCCACUUUUCAAAUUAAGUCUCAUUUCUCAUUUUGUAUAAGAAGUUUGUAAAUAAAUUCUUCCAGUCAGACUAAUCAUUUAUACUGCUAAAUACAGUAUUAGUAGAUUUCUUAACACUACAGUUGGGCAUUUUUUAGAAAUGAUUUACAAGUCAUUUCAUGAAAAGUAAUUUUAAACAUUAUAAUGUUAUGAAUAAAAAGAUAAGUAACAUAAUGCUGCAAUUGUUUUCUCCAAGAUAUGAAGGAUUUCAGGCUUUGUUUUCUUAACUUUGAUGGCAAUAUGUUAAUCAUUUAUGUGGGGUGUUUUUCUUUAAUGUGAACGAAGUAAUUAUAUAUCCAUGAUAUUAUGAACAGGCUUUCAAUUACUAACAUGAAUACUUUUUUAAUGUUCAUAAAAGUGUAAUUCUCGCUAAACAUGGAAUGUUUAAAGUGAUAUGUUUGGGUGGAACAGCAGUAUUUUAAUCACCUAAGAAAAUGUCCACCCAAAGUUGUUUGCUAAAUUUGUAUGCUAACCCAUCCAGUAAGUGUCAUUUUUCUUUUUAUAGUCAAGUUACAAGUGAGUGUAUGUGUGUAUAUCUGCAAGUGCAUUUAAGAUGAGUACAUAUGGGUAAAAUUAAAUUGUAGCUGUCUGUAGUGCUCCACUUGGUGAUAGGAUCAAGUAGAAAGUUCUGUGAAUUUUCUACAGUCAUAUACUGACAUGGUCCAUCCUAAAGAGUGUUUCCUUCAUUUAGGUUAAGGAGGAUUUGUGAUUUCUUUUAUGUUAUUUUACCAAAGAAGUGCAAGAGAGUUCAAAUCCAAGCUGUGAGUGCUUGGGCACUUGAGGGAUAUGUCUGGACAAAACUUGUUUUACAUGAGCAUGAGCUGCUUAUUAUUUGUACAGUAUUGUGAUAUCCACUUUAUCCAUGUAAAAAAAAUGCAUUUUUUUAAAAAGUUUUGGAGACUGUUCAUUGUUUGCUGCCAUUGCUUCAUUGAUUAUUUUCAGUAGAUCUGUAUGGGGUGGAUGGGUAGGUGUCUGCAGGAACAGUGUGUGUAGUGGAGAUAAUGCAUAAAUGUAUAUGGAUACAGAUGAGAAUAUGAGGAGUACGCGUUUGUUAGUCAUCUUGUGUUGUCUGCUGCUUUAGCCUGUUAUAAAACGAGCCUUCUCUGAUUGGUGCUUGUCAGAUAUGAUACUAGGAAUACAGCAGCUGGUUGGACUACUUCACUGGGGUGGUGGGAACUGUGAUUUUGAAACCAGAUGUUCCUUCCAAGUAAUUUGAAUGGGCUGUACCUUGUAUAGUUUACUUGAACAGUCCUCUGUCAAACUCCACCAGGCUCCUCUUAUAGUUCAUUCUAACUUAUUUGGUCAAAAAAAAGGUACAUCUUCUAGGUGAACGAGCUAGAAACUGAAAUGUAAAGAAUUAACAGAAAAGAUUCACAUGUAUUUGGUGAUUGAAAAGGAAAGAUGAACAUUCGGUUCAUGCAGUAUCACCUGUUGAAGAAGCUCUGACAUCCUUAGCCUUGACUUCCAUUUGAGACCAGCAAUGUGUGUCUGAAUACUAUAUGCAAUAACAUGUACUUGAUGAAGCAACUGUGCCAUUGCUGGAAUCCCAAGAUCUUGGUAUUUUUUUGCUGCUGUUGUGCUGUGUAUAUCCACAUUUAAAUCUGAGUGGUUCUGACAAAAUACUUGCUAGAUUCAUUUUAAUGUUAAAUCAUUUAAGCUGUUGAAGAGUGUUGGAGUUUCUGAAAGGUUUCAGAACAGGAUAACAAAUGGCCACCAAAGUGAUGAUGAUGUUAUGAAGCUGUGGCUUGUAUGCCACGAAUUUUACUUUGAAGUUUUGUAAUUGAAAGAAGUCAUACAAAAGGGUUUUUGUUGGGGUUUUUUGUUUACUUUUUACAUUUUGUUAAUAUCAUUCCUCUGAUUGUGUUCUAGGUUUACUGAACACAUUUUAAAGGGGUGGAUGAAUGACGAAAGGCCUCAUUGCUGUGUUCAUUCUGUCAGCAUUUAUUUUGUCAUUCUUUUGCAACUCUCCAUAAUGCUAUCACUAUGUGACUGCUUAGCAUCAUUGAUAAGGACCAGAGGUGGAGCAAGUGGGCAAAUAAGUAUAGAGUUUUAAAACUGAUGAGAAGCCCAUCAUAAUUACAUAACACCAUCCGCAUCCCAUAUGGAGCUUAUCAAAAAAAGGACAACAGCCACAAGUUAUUUUCAAUAAUAAGUCAUAAUUUUUUUUUAAUUACAUCUUUAAACAAACAGGAACAGAUACUGCAGCAGAUGAGACUAGUAUGCAAACUCCAGCUGUCUGUUUGUUGGGCAGGUGUUUUUUUUUUUAAUCCUUUGGUUUUAUUCAAAACAGCUACAUGUGAAGGAAGUCUAAAAAGAAAAUGUCCGUUCAAGCAAAAAGUAAUUUAGUUGAUGGGGGUGGGGGUGGGGGGUUACAACAGACAUUUCUUUGGUACAGAUGAAUACUGGACAUGAAAGCUGAAUUCUCCACAAAACGACAUUCUUGUUUGUUUGGUUUUGCUUUUUUUUUUUUUUGGCUAAUUCAAGUGCAAACUUAUUUUUUAAAUAACUAAGUACAAUUCAUUACAAUUCCCCAAAUCCAAGUAAACAACUGUUUCAUUUAUGAGGUCCAUCAGUAAAAUUCUCAUUAUCUUCUAGGAAAAAGGUCAUGUCCAAUGAUAUUUUAUUGUAGACUACAUAUCUAAAAUAACAUUAUCAUUCUGAUCACGUUUCUGUGAAUUGUACUUUAUAUAUUAAUAAAAUACAUUAAAUAGGAAUGAUGAGGAUAGCUAUUCAAAUGUAACCAAGACUUUGAUAAGUGAUAAAAGAAUCCGACUUAUGAGUAUCACCUACUUAAAGAGUUGAAAGAUAUUUCAUUCUAUAUUUAGCCUGCCAUUGCUGCUACCUAAUUAUUGACUAUAGUGGGCUUUAGUAAAACAACCUGUACAUUGCUAUUGGUAGAAUGACUAGGUAGUAUGCCUUUUAGCAUACCUGACACAUAUUCUUUCUUCCAGAAUUGCUCAAGCAGCUGAAUGAAGUUAAGUUACUUAUUGCACAGUGAUCACUACUCAUACAGUUAGUUCACAGAAUGCUCAAGCUGCAUGUGAGCUGUAAGCAGCUUAGUCUAUGUUUAUGUCAAGUAUAUACCCCCCUCCAAAAGAAAAAAACAACAUGCCAGAAAACUUCAAGAAUGGGUUUACAUGUUUGGAGGCAUUAUUUGCUUUGAUUCUUGUAUUCAUGCAUUAUUAAUAAUGAUAAUAAAAUUUUAGAAAUCAGA